UUCAAGUCCGUGCAAACCCUAGAUUCACAAAUCACACACACAGACACUCGAACUGAGCUGCCUGUUUGUGUGUGAGAAAACCAACACAACAAUCAAUGGAUUCCGACGAAGGAAAGUUGUUUUUAGGUGGGAUAGCAUGGGACACAACCGAAGAAAGGUUAAGUGAUUACUUCGGCAAAUAUGGCGAUGUCUCUCAGACCGUAAUCAUGCGUGAUAAGAUCACCGGACGUCCACGUGGCUUCGGCUUUGUUGUCUUCUCAGAUCCGUCUGUUCUUGAUUCUGUUCUUCAAGAUAGGCACACCAUUGAUGGUCGUAAUGUGGAAGCUAAGAGGGCUUUAUCCAGAGAAGAACAGCAAGCAUCUAGGCCUGGAAGUAAUGUUGGGAGAAGCUCUGGAGGAGCAGGAAAUUACAGAACCAAAAAGAUAUUUGUUGGUGGAUUGCCUUCCACUUUGACAGAGGAACAAUUCCGCCAGUAUUUCGAAACUUAUGGAGAUGUGACUGAUGUAGUAAUAAUGUUUGACCAAAAUACCAACAGGCCUCGUGGAUUUGGGUUUGUCUCCUUUGACACAGAAGAUGCUGUUGAUAGAGUUCUUCAGAAGACCUUCCAUGAGCUGAACAAUAAGCUUGUGGAGGUAAAACGAGCACUCCCUAAAGACGCAAAUCCUGGCGGCGGUGGUGGCCGUGGUGGAGGCUAUCAGGGUAACAAUGCUGGCUCGUUUGAUAGUCAAAUGGAUGGCAAUAGAUUCAUGCAGCCACAAAACUCUGGUGGCGGCUACCCAGCGUAUUCUGGAUAUGGUCAACCAAGUUAUGGCUUUGGUGCACCAAAUGGUAAUGCUGGCUAUGGUGGUUAUGGAAGUUAUGGUGUUGGUGGUUAUGGCGGUGCUAAUGCUGGCUAUGGUGGUCCUGCUGGAGCAUACGGGAACCCAAGUGCUGCAAACUCUGCUUAUGUAGGUGGUAGUCCUAGUGCAUUAAAAACCCAAUGGAGUGGUCAGACUCCUGGCUAUGGUGGUGCAGGCUAUGGUGCAAAUGCGGGUUAUGGGGCUAAUGUUCUUUGGAAUGCUGCUGGAGGUGGCGGUGCUGUUCCUGCCCCAGUGGGUCAAUCUCCAAGUGGGGCUUCCAGUUAUGGGAAUCAAGGUUAUGGAUAUGGCAAUUAUAGUACUAAUGAUGGCUACAAUACAAAUACUGUUGGCUACGGAGCAGCUGGUGGUGGCCGAUCUGCAAAUAGCAUGGCUGGAAGUGGCAUCAGCGGUGGAGAUCAACAAGGGCCAGGUGGUGGUGGUGGGGGCGGUGGAAGCGGCUAUAUGGGGGGUACCUAUAAUGGGCAGCCUGGUUACUCUAAUGCAGCCUGGAGAUCAGAAUCUUGAGCAGCUCCUGUUUUUGUGGCAGGAUCUUCAACAGUGAUUGGAUGGUGUUUGGUGUUUCUCAUUGGUGGCAUCCAUGGCAGAGCUCCCAUAAUGCUUUCACAUGUAGACAUCCUCCAUGAUGAUUGAUGACAACAAACUCAAAAAACCGGUUGGAUUGCUUGAAUCUUGGUAUUAUGUUCCAGUAGCUGUUUUGGUAGUAUCAUUAUUACUCUUAUUUAUCUUCAGUAGUUGUACUUGCAUUAUAAGCUUCUUUGCCUUUUAAGUUGUAGUGUUUAACUCAAGUUUGCUGUAGUUGUAUGAGUUAGUUGAUUUGGAGGUUUUCUGUC